AUUUUCAAGUUAAAAUGAAGAAAACGGUUGUCAACCUCGAUAAACUAAUUCAAGACUUCAGUCUUCUGGAGCAAGUAUAUCACUGACAACACGAUACAACCUUGUUUGUUUGUUUGUUUUUCUUCCUGAGAGAGAUUAACAACUAGUAACUGUAAAGUCUGUGGUUAGCGAGUUAGCUAGCUGAGGACGCCAUGUUUGAUUGAUUUGAUUGACCUGAAAGCUGUUUGUGUUCAUAAAGAAAAUAACAGAGCUAAGGGGGAAGAACAACAUCCUUGAAAUAAAACUGGACGAGGCCAAUAGACUUCUAAAAUGGUCACAGAGCAAGGAAAAACAUUUAACUGAAGAUGAACGAAAGUCCUAUGGGUUUGGAAUGGCAUGAUGAAAAAGAUGGAUUGUUGGGAAGCAUUAAAUGUCUUCAGAACAACUUGGAACAACAGUGUAACCUUCGAGGUGAAAACGAGAAGCUGAAAAAUGUCAUCCUUGAGCUGAGGAAGCAAAAUGAAGAUCAUGUGGCGGAGAGCAGAGCUUGUGUUCAGAGGCUGCAGUGUGAGAUGAGAGCUUUGCAAGAGCAACACCAGAGGGAGAUGGAGGACUGUGCUGCAGAUACUAAGAGGAAACUGGAGUCGAAAGAUGUUGAAAUGAAAGCGGCUCUGGACAGAGAGGAGCGUGCGAUAGAAGCGAUGAGACAGAAAAUGAAGGACCAGGAGAAAGAAAAGCAAAGUGAAGUUAUAAAGCUGCAAAUGGAGUUCAGCGCUAAGCUUGCGAGGGCUCAGAGUAUGUCGGUGAAGAGCCAGCUACAGCCACAAGCAUCUGGGAUCAUUCCUCAACACAUCUUUAAAAGAAAGCUGCAGUUCCUGCAGGAGCAGAAGAAAAAAGAGAUUGAGGCUCUGCAUCAGAGAGUUAAAGAACUGGAGCAGCAGAGCCUGUGCACCUCCUCCGAGCCCCGUCUGAAGAGGAGGAAGAUAUGAAAGGCUGUUUCGGCAUCAAUCAUUUCACAUAUGCAGCACAUUGUGCAUUAACACAAGACUACAUGAUAUAUUUUGUGACAGUGUGAAAGUUUUCCUGGUUUUGCAUGCAAAAUAAUAUCUAUGUAUGUUCUUUUUUUUCCCUUUUAAAAAAAAAAAUGAAUUUCAGUAUAUGAAGUGGUGUCGCAGAGGCUGUUGAACACUGAAGGACAUUUGUGUUCAAAUAAAGACAUGCACAGUGCAGGUCAAAACCUAUAAUCUCUUCAUUAGAAAUGCCCCAGCGUUCACUGCUUUACACGCACAUCAUAGAAAUAUGGACGUACGCAGUAUUAUGUACCUGGAAUGUGUGGCCUCAUUUAUAUAAUCAUCAGUAACUACCUCAGUAUAUUUACUAUUUAUUAUGCCUACUCACACCAUUUUCUGGGGCCAAGCACCCACACUCUGUGAGCCACACAUUCACAGAAGCUCUAUAAUUGUUGCAUAAGCAGUCACAGUAAAGCAGAGCCAUAACUAUAGACAAAGGGAUUCAAGAAUGACUUGGGAGAGCAGUUUUGAAUAUCAGAGUUCCUUUGAUAACUUUAGUUUAGACAGCUCUCAGGAUGAAGAGAGCCAAAUUUGGACAAAAUUUGGAGGAAGAGUAGCAAAAAUUCCAGUUGGAUGUAAGCAUUUUUGGUAUGUUAUUGUAACAUUUGACCAGUAAGUGGUGCUAUCAUGAAAUUUGUUUUGUAGCCUCAGGGCAUGAACUUGAAGAUGCCUACCAAAAUUUGUGUCAGUGUGCAAGGUUUUGUAGUUGCUGAGAUGCAGCCUCACAUGCUGUUUGGUGGUUUCACCAUCAGAUUUGUUGACCCAUGAGGGGCAGUGGUAGCUCAGUGGUUAAGAUGUUGGACUAGUGAUGGGAAGGUUGUGAGUUCAAAGCCCAGUGCUGCCAAGCUCCACUGCUGGGCCCUUGUGCAAGCCCCUUAGCCCUCAACUGCUCAGUUGUGUAAAUUAGGUCAAUGUAAGUCACUCUGGAUAAGAACAUCUGCCAAAUGCCAUAAAUGUAA